AUGGAUAUCACCGUGAACGAGGCCACCUCUGGUUCUGAGGCUGAUGGCAGCGAGUUUCGACGACGAUUCGGUUUCGAGCUCAUUUCUCCCAUCUUUCGUGGUAUUGAGACCAAUGCCUGGAAGAACCAACUCCGAGCUGGGAUCAGCGCAAUCAACCAGGUGGUGAGAUGGAAGGCAAACCGAAGCACUGGCUUGCAUGUUCACGUUGGCCGUGAUGUGGGUUCUCUCAACCAUGGGUCAUCUCAGCCUCUGCCAGAGAAUCAAGGUUGGCGGAAGCAGACGGGUAUUGGCUCGUAUGGAACAAUUCUCGAUAACGUGGCUCUCGGAGUGAAGGGGUACUCGCUUUCUCCCAUUCGGUUCUCAGACUACACAGAUGCGCCCUGUCGCUCAGUCAUCUCAUUGAGGGAGAUCCUCGAACAGAAGGACAACUCGAUCCAUCUACCUUAUCGAGACCGUUUGCACCUCGCUGUGGUGGCCUCGUCGAGCAUCCUUCAGCUUCAUGGCAAUUCAUGGCUACCAGAUACGCUCACCAGCAGUGACAUCUUCUUCAUGAAGAAGCAGGAUUAUCCCAUCUACCCCAGGCCUUUUCUUCUGAGAAACAAAAAUGCCGGGAAGGAGAAAGAGACUUCGCCACCAUUCUGCAACCCAGCUUUGUGGUCAUUGGGGGUGCUCUUGAUCGAGCUAAUUCUCGGAAAGACUCUUGCAUCAUUCAGGAGCCCUCAAGAAGUAUCUAGUCCCCUCAUUGACUACUCUACUGCGCACUGCCUUUUGGGCGAGAUUCGGAUGGCUAGCUCCAAUUAUGGAACCGCAGUCACACGAUGCUUGGGGGGAGAGUUGCACAACAAUAGUUACUGUUCAGGGAGUGAGGACUUUUGCCAAGAGGUGUACGCGGGGGUUGUGGCUUUGCUAGAGAAAGGCUUGGAGAAUUCAUAA